AUGGCCUUGACCGCCCAGGAGCUCAACCAAUACCUGGCCGACGCGCCGCCGAGUGUCGUCCGCCUCGAGAUCGCCAAACACUUUGACGCUCUGUCCGACAGCCAGAAGCGCUAUGCCCACUACAUCAGCCGAGCCUCGUUUGCUGGCAACCGCAUUGUGCUCCGCCAGGUCUCUCCCGAGGCUGAGUCCAUCUACGACUUUAUCCUGGCGCUCAACACGGCUGCUGCCGGCGACUGGAAGGCCCUUGCUGCCAAGGCGGGCGUCGAGGAGGCCCACCUCACGGCGUUUCUGCAGUACGCCGCGCAGUUCCUGGGCAACUGCGGCAACUACAAGAGCUUCGGCGACUCCAAGUUCAUCCCGCGGGCCCCCGAGUCCGCCUUUGCCGCCCUGGCCGGCACGUCGCCCGAUGCCGAGAAGCACUACAAGGCGACGAAGGGCGCCAUCUUCUCGUCCGAGGAUGUCGGCCUGCUGCAUCUCGGCUACACCGACGACGGUCACCUGACCACGUACUACCCCGACUCGCCCGACAUCACCAAGGACGAGAUUGCCGGCGUCGCCCAGUGGAUGGAGAAGAAGGGUCUGCUGCCGGAGAACACCCGUCUGCGCAAACAAAAGGGCAGCAAGGUCUUUGAGCUGCUGAUUGCGUCCGGUCAGACCAAUCCGCCCGUUGACGGCCGCGACGUCGGCAGCACCGAGACUGAGUUUGCGCUGGGCGAGAGCGAGCCGGCUGCCCUCAAGGGCGCCACAAUCCGCCUGGUGUACGGCGAUUACGCCACGGAGAUGGCCGAGAUUGCCAAAAACAUUGCACAGGCGGCCCUCCAUGCCGACAACGAGACGGAGGCGAAGAUGCACGAGGCGUACGCCAAGUCCUUCUCCGAGGGCUCUCUGCUCGCGUUCAAGGACAGCCAGCGCCACUGGAUCCGCGACAAGGGCCCCAUGGUCGAGACCAACAUCGGCUUCAUCGAGACGUACCGCGACCCUGCCGGCACGCGCGGCGAGUGGGAGGGCUUUGUGGCCAUGGUCAACCUGGAGCGUACACGCGCCUUUGGCGCCCUGGUCGACGCGGCCCCGACGCUGAUCCCGCUGCUGCCCUGGAGCGCUGAUUUCGAAAAGGACAAGUUUUUGUCGCCCGACUUCACGUCCCUCGAGGUGCUCACAUUUGCUGGCUCCGGCAUCCCCGCCGGCAUCAACAUCCCCAACUACGACGACAUUCGCCAGACGGAGGGCUUCAAGAAUGUGUCGCUUGGCAACGUGCUCAGCGCCAAGGCGCCCAACGAGAAGAUCCCCUUUAUCCGCGAGGAAGACCUGGAGCUGUAUCAAAAGUACCGCGACGGCGCCUUUGAGGUCCAGGUCGGCCUGCACGAGCUGACGGGCCACGGCUGCGGCAAGCUGCUGCAGGAGACGAGCGCCGGCGUCUACAACUUUGACCACAGCAGCCCGCCCGUCAGCCCGCUGACCGGCAAGCCGGUGACGACCUGGUACAAGCCUGGACAGACGUGGGGCUCCGUGUUUGGCGGUCUGGCGGGCGCCUACGAGGAGUGCCGCGCCGAGCUGGUGGCCAUGUUCCUGAGCUGCGAGUUCCCGGUGCUCAAAAUCUUUGGCUUCGGCGACGGCUCCGACGACCUGGACGGCGAGGCAGGCGACGUCCUGUACGCCUCGUACCUCAGCAUGGCCCGGGCCGGUCUGACGUCGGUUGAGUUCUGGGACCCCAAGGGCCAGAAAUGGGGCCAGCCGCAUUGCCAGGCGCGGUUUUCGAUCCUCAAGUGCUUCCUCGAGGCCGGCGACGACUUUUGCAAGCUGGAGUACAAGAACGACGACCUAUCCGACCUAACCAUCAAGCUAGACCGCUCCAAGAUUCUAACCACCGGUCGCAAGGCCGUCGGUGACUACCUCCAGAAGCUGCACAUCUACAAGUCGACUGCCGACGUCGUGAACGGCACCGCCUUCUUCGCCGACAAGAUGUCGGCUGUUGGCCUCGAGUACUGGGGCACCAAGGUGCGCGAUGUUGUGCUCAAGAACAAGCAGCCGCGCAAGGUGUUUGUCCAGGCCAACACGUAUCUGGACGAUGCCACUGGCAAGGUCACGCUCAAGGAGUACGAUACGACGCCCGAGGGCCUGAUCCAGAGCUUUGCCGACCGCGAGUGA